AUGGCGACUCCCAUGCAUCGGCUCAUAGCUCGGAGACAAGCUGAAGCCAAUAAGCAACAUGUAAAAUGUCAGAAAUGCUUGGAAUUUGGACAUUGGACAUAUGAAUGCAAAGGAAAAAGAAAGUACCUGCACAGGCCUUCCAGAACAGCGGAGCUGAAGAAAGCUUUAAAAGAGAAAGAAAAUAGAUUCUUGCAGCAAAGCAUUGGAGAGACUAAUGUAGAAAGAAAGAGCAAGAAGAAGAGGUCUAAGAGUGUCACAAGUUCCAGUACCUCGAGCAGUGACAGUUCAGCCAGUGAGUCUUCAUCAGAGAGCGAGACAUCUGCCUCAUCCUCCUCAGAGGACAGUGACUCUGACGACAGCCGCUCUAGCUCCUCCUCCUCAGCUUACACCUCCUCGUCUUCCUCCUCCUAG